AUGCUUGGAUGGAACACAUCGGAGCGUCAGAGCUGGGACGAGCGCAACGAGAGCGUGGUGGCGGUGGCGGAGGACGGCCGGCGGGGCGAGGGCGAGCGGCACUACGCCGCCAUGUUGUACUCGCUGCUCAUCCUGGCCAUGGUGUCGGGCAACGUGCUGGUGUGCCUGGCCGUGCUGAGGGAGCGCUCCCUGCAGACCACCACCAACUACCUGGUGGUCAGCCUGGCUGUGGCCGACCUGCUGGUGGCCUCGCUGGUCAUGCCCUGGGCCGUCUACCUGGAGGUGGUGGGCGGAGCCUGGCUUUUUAGCCGCCUGUGCUGUGACAUCUUCGUCACGCUGGAUGUGAUGAUGUGCACCGCCAGCAUCCUCAACCUGUGCGCCAUCAGCAUCGACAGGUACACGGCGGUGGUGAUGCCUGUGUUAUACAACACCACGCAUCGUUCGCGUACUCGAGUGUUGGCGAUGAUCGCCACCGUGUGGGUCCUGGCCUUCGCCGUGUCCUGCCCCCUGCUGUUUGGUUUCAACACUACAGACGACCCCAUGGUGUGCUCCAUCUCCAACCCCGACUUCGUCAUCUACUCGUCCGUGGUGUCCUUUUACCUUCCCUUUGUGGUCACGCUGCUGGUCUACCUGCGCAUCUUCGUCUUCCUCAGGACCAGGAGGAAGAGGAUCACCUUCUCGCAGCCCGGAUCCGCCAAAGUACCGCCCACAUCCACGCCCCCCUCCAUGGAGACAUGUCUUCAAGAGGAAACGGCCAAAACCAAACAGGAUUUGUCUCCUAUCAAGAUUAAAGUGUGCGUGGAGCCUUUAGCCCCGCCCAAGUCCCGCCUUCUCUCAGGCUGUCUGUGGUUCCAAGGGCCAAAGACGGGUCCCGGGGAGAACUCGGCGCCGCCCCCGGUGACCACGCAGAACUACUGCAGCAUCAGCCCCGCUUCCUGCGGCCGCACCGAGCCGGACCUGGAUCAGGAGCGAGGCCACCAAAUGGCCGAGGUGAGCCACAAGGUGCGGGGUGAGGCGGUCAGGGUGAGGGACAUCACCAGCAGAAGCACGCUCACCACGCUCGGCAGCACCAACAUCAGCAGCAGCAGAUUGAGGAGCAUGCAUGCACGGGAGAAGAAGGCCACGCAGAUGCUGGCCAUUGUGCUCUGCGUGUUUCUCAUCUGCUGGCUGCCCUUCUUCGUCACACACAUCCUCAACACACACUGCAGGUCAUGUGACGUCUCACCUGCACUCUACAGCGCCUUCACCUGGCUGGGAUACGUCAACAGCGCCCUCAACCCCAUCAUCUACACCACCUUCAACGUGGAGUUCAGACGCGCCUUCAUCAAGAUCCUCACAUGCUGA